AUGUGCUCCCGCGGGUCCUGCCACGACUACGAGUCCUCCUGCCACAGAUCCCGCUCCUCCUGCCACGGAUCCUGGUUCUCCUGCCACAGAUCCCGCUCCUCCUGCCACGAGCCGGAGUCCUCCUGCCACUACACCAUCCAGAGGCAGCCGGUGCAGAAAUGCACCUACACCAGGCCCUGCUGUCCCCCCGUGCAGCGCUACUGUCCCCCUGUCCCCUAUUGUCCCCCUGUCCCCUAUUGUCCACCUGUCCCCUACUGUCCCCAGGUCACCAAGAACAUCUGCAACCUGCCACCGGCGUGUCCCAAGUACUGA